AUGAGACGAAGGCAAGGAGACGAAGGCAAGGAGACGAAGGCAAGGAGACGAAGGCAAGGAGACGAAGGCAAGGAGACGAAGGCAAGGAGACGAAGGCAAGGAGACGAAGGCAAGGAGACGAAGGCAAGGAGACGAAGGCAAGGAGACGAAGGCAAGGAGACGAAGGCAAGGAGACGAAGGCAAGGAGACGAAGGCAAGGAGACGAAGGCAAGGAGACGAAGGCAAGGAGACGAAGGCAAGGAGACGAAGGCAAGGAGACGAAGGCAAGGAGACGAAGGCAAGGAGACGAAGGCAAGGAGACGAAGGCAAGGAGACGAAGGCAAGGAGACGAAGGCAAGGAGACGAAGGCAAGGAGACGAAGGCAAGGAGACGAAGGCAAGGAGACGAAGGCAAGGAGACGAAGGCAAGGAGACGAAGGCAAGGAGACGAAGGCAAGGAGACGAAGGCAAGGAGACGAAGGCAAGGAGACGAAGGCAAGGAGACGAAGGCAAGGAGACGAAGGCAAGGAGACGAAGGCAAGGAGACGAAGGCAAGGAGACGAAGGCAAGGAGACGAAGGCAAGGAGACGAAGGCAAGGAGACGAAGGCAAGGAGACGAAGGCAAGGAGACGAAGGCAAGGAGACGAAGGCAAGGAGACGAAGGCAAGGAGACGAAGGCAAGGAGACGAAGGCAAGGAGACGAAGGCAAGGAGACGAAGGCAAGGAGACGAAGGCAAGGAGACGAAGGCAAGGAGACGAAGGCAAGGAGACGAAGGCAAGGAGACGAAGGCAAGGAGACGAAGGCAAGGAGACGAAGGCAAGGAGACGAAGGCAAGGAGACGAAGGCAAGGAGACGAAGGCAAGGAGACGAAGGCAAGGAGACGAAGGCAAGGAGACGAAGGCAAGGAGACGAAGGCAAGGAGACGAAGGCAAGGAGACGAAGGCAAGGAGACGAAGGCAAGGAGACGAAGGCAAGGAGACGAAGGCAAGGAGACGAAGGCAAGGAGACGAAGGCAAGGAGACGAAGGCAAGGAGACGAAGGCAAGGAGACGAAGGCAAGGAGACGAAGGCAAGGAGACGAAGGCAAGGAGACGAAGGCAAGGAGACGAAGGCAAGGAGACGAAGGCAAGGAGACGAAGGCAAGGAGACGAAGGCAAGGAGACGAAGGCAAGGAGACGAAGGCAAGGAGACGAAGGCAAGGAGACGAAGGCAAGGAGACGAAGGCAAGGAGACGAAGGCAAGGAGACGAAGGCAAGGAGACGAAGGCAAGGAGACGAAGGCAAGGAGACGAAGGCAAGGAGACGAAGGCAAGGAGACGAAGGCAAGGAGACGAAGGCAAGGAGACGAAGGCAAGGAGACGAAGGCAAGGAGACGAAGGCAAGGAGACGAAGGCAAGGAGACGAAGGCAAGGAGACGAAGGCAAGGAGACGAGGGCAAGGAGACGAGGGCAAGGAGACGAGGGCAAGGAGACGAGGGCAAGGAGACGAGGGCAAGGAGACGAGGGCAAGGAGACGAGGGCAAGGAGACGAGGGCAAGGAGACGAGGGCAAGGAGACGAAGGCAAGGAGACGAAGGCAAGGAGACGAAGGCAAGGAGACGAAGGCAAGGAGACGAAGGCAAGGAGACGAAGGCAAGGAGACGAAGGCAAGGAGACGAAGGCAAGGAGACGAAGGCAAGGAGACGAAGGCAAGGAGACGAAGGCAAGGAGACGAAGGCAAGGAGACGAAGGCAAGGAGACGAAGGCAAGGAGACGAAGGCAAGGAGACGAAGGCAAGGAGACGAAGGCAAGGAGACGAAGGCAAGGAGACGAAGGCAAGGAGACGAAGGCAAGGAGACGAAGGCAAGGAGACGAAGGCAAGGAGACGAAGGCAAGGAGACGAAGGCAAGGAGACGAAGGCAAGGAGACGAAGGCAAGGAGACGAAGGCAAGGAGACGAAGGCAAGGAGACGAAGGCAAGGAGACGAAGGCAAGGAGACGAAGGCAAGGAGACGAAGGCAAGGAGACGAAGGCAAGGAGACGAAGGCAAGGAGACGAAGGCAAGGAGACGAAGGCAAGGAGACGAAGGCAAGGAGACGAAGGCAAGGAGACGAAGGCAAGGAGACGAAGGCAAGGAGACGAAGGCAAGGAGACGAAGGCAAGGAGACGAAGGCAAGGAGACGAAGGCAAGGAGACGAAGGCAAGGAGACGAAGGCAAGGAGACGAAGGCAAGGAGACGAAGGCAAGGAGACGAAGGCAAGGAGACGAAGGCAAGGAGACGAAGGCAAGGAGACGAAGGCAAGGAGACGAAGGCAAGGAGACGAAGGCAAGGAGACGAAGGCAAGGAGACGAAGGCAAGGAGACGAAGGCAAGGAGACGAAGGCAAGGAGACGAAGGCAAGGAGACGAAGGCAAGGAGACGAAGGCAAGGAGACGAAGGCAAGGAGACGAAGGCAAGGAGACGAAGGCAAGGAGACGAAGGCAAGGAGACGAAGGCAAGGAGACGAAGGCAAGGAGACGAAGGCAAGGAGACGAAGGCAAGGAGACGAAGGCAAGGAGACGAAGGCAAGGAGACGAAGGCAAGGAGACGAAGGCAAGGAGACGAAGGCAAGGAGACGAAGGCAAGGAGACGAAGGCAAGGAGACGAAGGCAAGGAGACGAAGGCAAGGAGACGAAGGCAAGGAGACGAAGGCAAGGAGACGAAGGCAAGGAGACGAAGGCAAGGAGACGAAGGCAAGGAGACGAAGGCAAGGAGACGAAGGCAAGGAGACGAAGGCAAGGAGACGAAGGCAAGGAGACGAAGGCAAGGAGACGAAGGCAAGGAGACGAAGGCAAGGAGACGAAGGCAAGGAGACGAAGAUGCCGCAGAAGUUGAGGAUGGAGGAGCUGUUGGCAGUAUCCAGUGCAGAACCACAGCAGCAGCAGACACCGGAGGCUGGAACCAGUACUGGGCCUGGGGACAUACAUGCAGCGAAGUCACCUGGUGAGAAAGAGUAA